AGUCAACCAGGCUCCUCCCCCGCCAGCGCCACACAGGCCUGGGCUCCCGGCAAGGCGUCGCGUCGGCCUCCUCCCGGGCCCCGCCUGCUGUCCUGCUGCCGAGAGACCCGCCCUCCACACCCUGCGGGGCCCACCGGGUCACCAACACUCACCCCACCCCCAACGCCUCCUGCCAACUCUCACGUUCGCCUCCCGUUCCUGGGGUCCUUGCGAGUUCUGCACAGUUGAUGGUUCCAAGAGGGGAAGUGACUGGUCCAGAGUCACAAGAGAAUCCUGCCCUUGGCACAGGCACUUUCACCAAAUAGAUAGAUUGGGAGUGGGGUGUGUGUGUGUGUGUGUGUGUGUGUGUGAGAGAGAGAGAGAGAGAGAGAGAGAGAGAGAGAGAGAGACCUUGCAACAAUAAGCAGCACCCCAUGGAGAAAGACUGUGAAUAAUUCUGAAAAGGAGAGGAUGAGGAAGAAAUUGAAGAAACUUCGUUUCACACUUGAAUGUCCAUGUGUGUGUGUGUGUGUGUGUGUGUGUCCCCGUGUGUGCGCAUGUGCCUGUGUGUGUGUACUUGUGCCUAUAUGUGUGCCUCUGUGUGUGUGUGUGUGUGUGUGUACAUGCGCUCUGUGUGGCUAGAGCCCUCGUGUCCUCUCUCCAUUCCUCUUCUCCCUCCCAGGUCCCUCCAUGCUCUGCCAAGGGGAGGGACAGCAGUGACAGCAGUAGUGCGGCCAGGCAGAACUGUGGGACACAAAAAGAUACAGGGAGGGGAGCGCCCAGGCUAGGUGCCAGACUCACAGAGGACAAGAAGAGCAGGGCAAGAGUGCUCAAGCUUUGAAGCAGAGGAGGGAGAGCAAAGGGGACAGAAGACAGGGACGUCUCUGGGUUACAGAGACACCUAGCCAGAAUGGGGACCAAACGACACAGCCCCAAGCUGUCCUUGGCUCUGGUGCUCCUGACCCUGGAGGCUGGGUGGGCUCAAGAAGGGUCAGAGCCUGUCCUGCUGGAGGGUGAGUGCUUGGUGGUCUGUGAACCAGGCCGACCUGCUGCGGGAGGACCUGGGGGAGCAGCCCUAGGAGAGGCACCCCCGGGACGAGUGGCGUUUGCUGCAGUCCGAAGCCACCACCACGAACCAUCAGGAGAAACUGGCAACGGUACCAGUGGUGCCAUCUACUUUGACCAGGUGCUGGUGAAUGAGGGCGGUGGCUUUGAUCGGACCUCAGGCUGCUUCGUGGCCCCUGUCCGUGGAGUCUACAGCUUCCGAUUCCAUGUGGUAAAGGUGUACAACCGCCAGACUGUCCAGGUGAGUCUGAUGCUGAACACGUGGCCUGUCAUCUCAGCCUUUGCAAAUGACCCCGAUGUGACCCGAGAGGCGGCCACCAGCUCUGUGCUGCUUCCCCUGGACCCUGGGGACCGGGUGUCCCUGCGCCUUCGUCGGGGGAACCUUCUGGGUGGCUGGAAGUAUUCGAGCUUCUCGGGUUUCCUCAUCUUCCCACUCUGAGAACCCAUGCCUUUAACCGACAGCUAUCCAGCCCCGGACCCUUCUGCCCUCCCCUGCCCCAGGAACAAGAAUCUGGAGCAAGGGAAGGGCCCCCUCCAGGCUGCCUAUGGCCCACCUCCUUGCAUGAGAUCAUAUUUAAACACCCAAGGCUCGGAGUAGAGCAGAGCAGAGCUACGGAAUCUCUGGACAAACGAACACUCUGGUCGGUCGCCCUCCCGGCCUCCUGCUGCCCCUCCUGCCCGCCACCCCUCAGGCUUAAGGCAGGGUUUGCCAAGAGGGAAGCUUGUACUUCUUCACAGACUCCACUCCUUCUGUUCACCACCCCAGCUUCCUGCUCAGCGCUAUUUGGUGACAGGUGGCACAGGUAAGCUUGACAGGCUCCUACAGGGGCCCAGAUGGACCAGCCUCACAGUCCCUGCAGGCUCUGUCCUGUGAGGGGUGCCAGCAAUGGCUCUCAGCCAGUUCGGUGUGAACAGGGCGGGCAGCAACAAAAAGAAGUGUGGGGAAGGCCACAGAGCAUCUGUAGCUGGAGAGACAGGAUGGGGUCAUGUGCCCGCCCUGGACAUGUGAAGGGUAAACUGCAGGUAAACUGGGACAGUCGGAAAGCAGGAAUCCUGCCAGCAUCUGUGCCAGGUCCCAAAGGACUCUGCCCUCAUCUUCUGACCAGAGACUUGGGAGUGUGUGUGUGUGUGUGUGUGUGUGUGUGUUUGCUCUGACUAACAAGGGAAGCUAGAGCAGGUAUACAGAGCUGGAGACAGGGUCAAAGGUCACUCAUGAGUCAUGGAACAUAUCAGGAACCACAUGUCCUCUUCCUUGGCCACCUUCUAGAACUGCCCCACCUUGGGGAUCUGAAUUUCAGUCACUCCCUCCUCUCCACCAACACCUAGUUCCUCCAGCUAUCUCCCAGCUAAUUUCCCUGUACCUGUAGUCUGCCCCUCCCCCACCAUGCCCCGCCCCCACCAUGCCCCGCCCCCACCAUUCCUUCUCUAGAUCUGCACCGCCUUACUCUCCUUCUUAGGUCUCCUGUUGCCUGGGAGUCCAUGACUCUUCCCCCAACUACUCUCCCACCAACAUCAGAAACUCUCUUUUGCCCAGUUGUCCCAGUGGACCUAUCUAGAACAACUGGGGAUCUGCGGGUGUUAAGACAGUGUACUUGUCCUGGUGGAGACGGUGCAGUGUGAACCGGGGACUACAGGGCUGAAGCCCAGAGGGCAUGUUGAAGAGAAAAUAAAUUCAAAGCUGGGCAUAACAGUCAAGGGGUUUUGUUUUUGAUUUUUUUUUUUAAAGAAAAAGAUUUAUCUAUUUACUUUUACUUAUGAGUAAGUAAAGACACUGCAGCUAUCUUCAGACACACCAGAAGAGGGCAUUGGAUCCCAUUACAGAUGGUUGUG